CUCUUUAGCCACUUCCAGUCCGGACACUUUUACCCCUUUCCUGUUUGGCCCUUAACCACUUCCAGUCCGGACACUUUCCCCCCCUUCCAGGCCAGACACUUUCACCCCCUUCCAGUCCGGACACUUUCACCCCCUUCCAGUCCCGGACACUUUCCCCCCCUUCCAGGCCGGACACUUUCACCCCCUUCCAGUCCGGACACUUUCCCCCCCUUCCAGUCCGGACACUUUCCCCCCCUUCCAGUCCGGACACUUUCCCCCCCUUCCAGUCCGGACACUUUCCCCCCUUCCAGUCCGGACACUUUCACCCCCUUCCUGUCCAGGCCAAUUUUCAGCUUU